CUGCCAGCAACUAUUCUACUCGCGAAAUACUCGCUGCUUCUGUCAACCGCUGACACAAGUCGACUAUUCGACAUUUUCACCACUGUGCCACCACCAUUCUGUUUAUAACUUGAUCGCCAUCGGUUUAGAUAGCACUUUUGUGACUUGGAAUUUCGUCCGCACGACGUGGUUUUCUUGGUUAUUUUUGGAUUGGUUAAUUCGAUUGGUUCGACCUGCAAGUCGUCCUUGUAGGAAUAUCGUGAGUGACAAUCAGGAGAUCUGAAGUGUCAGAAAUUGUGUAAAUCGGCGAGUCCCCAAAUUAAUGUGAAACUUCCCCUGACUCCGGACCAGCAGACGUAUUUGUACUUGACCGUCUAGUGGAUUCGAAUUACGGUUUGCUUCGCGUGAAAAAUCAUCUGAUCUUGACCGUCGAAAAUGUCAGGGCAGAGGCAAGUUAGGCAGAAAGCGAACGACAAUUUGAAUGCGAGUGGCGACAACUUGGAUUCAACUUGUGUUGUCUGCUUCAAAAAUGUGGAAAUUUAUUCCAUCGGUGAAUGUGAUCAUCCCGUUUGCUACGAGUGUUCAACGCGAAUGCGGGUCCUGUGCCAGCAAAAUGAGUGCCCUAUUUGUAGGCAAGGGCUUUCCAAGGUAAUAUUUACUAGUGAGAAAAAAAGCUAUCGCGAACUGGAAGCUACCAAUCGUUCCGAAUAUUACAACAAGAAAUAUAAAAUAUGCUUCGCAAGUAUCCAAAUACAAAAGGCUUUCUAUGAAUUGCUGGACCAUCCUUGCCCAAAAUGUGAAGACCGAUCAUUUAGCAGUUUCGAUACACUAAAGGACCAUGUUCGAAAAGAGCACGAGCUGUUUUAUUGUGAUAUUUGCACUGAGAAUCUGAAAAUAUUCUCAUUCGAAAGAAAAUGUUACAACAGGCAAGAAUUGGGGUUGCACCGAAGAAAAGGCGAUCCAGAUAAUACUUCGCACAGAGGUCAUCCGUUAUGUGAGUAUUGUGACUGUCGGUAUCUUGACAGGGACGAACUAUUCAGGCAUUUACGACGUGAACACUACUUUUGCCAUUUCUGCGAUGCUGAUGGUGCCAAUCAUUUUUAUAGUAAUGUGGAAGCGUUACGUGGGCAUUUUCGAGAUGAACAUUUUCUUUGUGAAGAAGGAGAUUGCGCCCGUGAACAGUUUACUGCAGUAUUUCGCACAGAGAUUGACUUUAAGGCGCAUAUCGCGAAUGUGCACGGUAAAUCAAUGGGAAAAUUGCAAGCGAAGCAAGCGAGAACUUUGCAACUAGAAAUCACGCUAGGGCCACGUGGUCGGGGACAACAGGAACAUACAUCGGCUCAUUUACGAUCACGGGGCAACAAUGAUUACGCCGAUGAGCCUCAAUAUACACAGUCUGCACCAGUUCAAAAUGCUCGAGUGAUCGACGCUCGAAAUGAACAGGAGUUUCCAUCAUUAGGCGGUGCUGGAGCAUCUUCUGGGGUAACAUUGGUUCCUGGUGCUACAAUGUCUAUAAGAGCAAAGGCAUUCGGGCCCGCAGGCUUAGCAAGAACUAAAGAGAAUUUUCCUGCAUUAGGAAAUAGCGGAAAUUCUAAGUCGGAUACAGGUCCAUCUUUACAAAAUAAUUCAAAGCUCGGAAAACCUGUUAGUGCCAUUCUCAAAAAUCAAAACAUGGCACACAAACCAAAUGUCCAUGUUAUCCAUGUUUCCAACAGACCAAAUAUGUCUACAAAACAGCCACCGAAUCAAAAAGAUUUUCCAGCACUGCCGGGAAGUUCACGAAGUCAAAACAACGUAAAUCAUACGUUACCUCAAUCUAGUUCCGCUUUAGGCCUAAAUCAAAUAGCAAACAAACAAAGAACUCAGGCUAGUGAGCAGUCAAAGUCGCAGGUGAAAUUUUCACAGAAAGAAAACAAACAUGCGAAACGAAUGGAGGAAGAUUUCAUUCCAUCAAAUUCUGCAAUAAAUUUGAGUGCAGUUUCAGCAAAACAUCGAUCGCUCGUAGACGACUAUGUAUCGGUAGUUCAGCCAAACUCUAAAAUAGCUUUAGUACAAAAGGAAGAAGCGAAGCAAACUAAAAAAGACAACGUUGAUGCUCCCGUUAGAUUGGAUACUAGAGAUUUUCCAGCAUUAGGAGGAUCUACCCCUUUAUCUGAAUCGUUAUGGGUGAAAUCUCAAAAACAGCAAGAUAGAGACAAUCGUAAGUCAAAGGUUGCACCGCCUCCACUUCUCCCUUCAAAUAGUGAAAGUUUCAAUCCAAGAAAAAAUGAAAAAAAGGAUAAAAAGAAGACUUUGGAAGCAGAGAAUCAAGGUGGUAGCCAAAAGGAGAAAAAGCAAAACAAGACGGCGGAAAGGAAACAAAAUGACAUGAAGAAAUCAGAAAAUACAUCGAAUAAAGCGAACGACACAAAGCAAAAUACGAAACAAGCAAAAGAAAAGAAAUCGCCCGACAAUAACAAUGAAAUUAAAACGAUGAACAAAAAUAAAACGAAGGACAGGGAGAGCAACGUCAUUGACUUGGGUAACCACAACGACCUCGGGAGCAUUGGAUAUUCUUCGUCAUCUUCCUCAAUCAUGUCAGCCCCUCCUGGCUUCGAUUCUAAAGUAAACGAAACGAAACAAUCUGCGCCUCCUGGUUUUAAGUCAGUAACAUUAAAUUCGAUUGCAAAACCUACCAACAAUAUGACGUUUACUAAUUCUUUAGGAGAAAAUUUUAGCAUAGUACCAAAUCAUCAGUAUUUACCACCGCCCGACUCAAUUAGACGUAAUCAGGAAUUAGUCCAUCAUUUCCAAAGUGCCCUGAAGUCGCCAGAAGCUGUUGCCGAAUUUCGAUUUAUUUCGCAAAAAUUUCGUGAAGGGCUCUAUAAACCAUCUGCCUUCUUUGAACAUUGUCAAGCUGCCUUAAGAGAUAAAUUUGAUGAUAUAUUUCCAGAAUUAAUGGUUCUAUUGCCGGAUAUAAGCAAGCAACAGGAACUCUAUCUUGUAUACUCGCAACAUCUCAAUUCACUUUUUGCGACGCCAAAACAACAAAAAAUAAAAUCUAUGCUCUCUGUAUGUAAAACCUGCAAACAAAUCAUCAUCACCUAUGACCUUAUGGCCCAUAUGCUUGCUCACAAUUUGGACAGCAACUUCCCAACUUUGAACAACGUGAAGAGUACACCGGCAUAGUGUGCGUAAUUUAUUCUCCAACGACUUGGAAAAAUCUUUUUGUUACUAUUCGCAAUUUUCAACACGACGUGAAACGAUUUUAUUUUCUGUGACGGAAAGGAGCCUUCGACUAAAAUAUAUGCACGCUUACUAUUUCCCGCUAUUGCUAAUUUAAAAUAAUGAUUCAGAACAUCUUAACAAAAUUUGUAUAAAAGUGGUGCUAAAAUGAAAUAAACCGUGAAAUAUAAUUACGUUUAUAAAAAAAGUAGAUUUAAUCUUGUGCUUUCUUCGAAGCGCAGACUAAAAUGAUUAUAUCACUGAAGUGUAAAUUCUUUUCUACUGUAUGAAGUAAGCUCGUUUGUUUUCUACAUAAGCCUGAGUCUAUCAUGUAAAUAUGUAAAUAAAAAGGAAGAAAGCUUACUUUGUAUGCCUUUAACCAGCGGAGAGUCAGUAAAUUCCAAUUUGAAAUUAGUAGUUUAACUACUAUUAAGGCAAAA